AUGAACGGUUCUUCCCCUUCCACUCCUGAUAGCAUAAACAUCUGGCGCACUUGGGCCCUGACUGUGAUUUAUGAAGCAGCGGAAUAUACCGAACAGAAAUUCAAGACAGAGAAGACUGGAGGAGGCCCAGUCAUACCUUCCCCCAACCUAGACACUGAUCUGGUGAUGGCAUGUGAUUGCUUGGCUGAUGUACUCAUAAAGGCAUAUAAAAAUCCCAUUCAGAUGCAGAUGGAUAUUGCAAGAUAUAGCAAAUUGAUCUCCCCGAAGGACACCGGGCAUAAUGAACAAAGAGAGGCGAGGUUGCUUGAGAGGUGUUCUCCUGGCCAUGAAGGCAAAAGGUUGGUCGACGAACCUGCCACAAUUCUCGAUGCAUCCGGUGCCAUCAUCGCAUGGUACCUCCCAGACACCCUGACCGACACCACCCAGAAGGAAAUCAGGGAGGCCACCGAUUUGCUCGCUCCAAGCCUCGAAAAAAGUGUAAGGGCUGAUGGCAUUUGGCGAACUAAUCAAAAGUGGUUCAAACAGGGCUCGGAUGAUGGACACGAGACUGUGUCCGAUCUGGAGGUAUCUGCAUCAUUGAAGGGACCUUCCUGGGAGAAUAUCCUCAAAGCCAUUGCAAGGCCAGCAGCCAUCGUGUCCGCGGCACUCAGGGUCAUGCAUCCUGAGCAGUACUGGGCAGGGUUGCGAACCUUGUCCAACCUCGGACAUAUAGCAGUAAGCAAGGAUCUGCCACAGAUGCCGGAGGCCCUGCAGUACUGGGCAUCUGUGUUUAACACCCUCUCCAUCAUUUACAAUCAGGAAACCCCCAAUCAUUGA